GUGAGCUCCCCUCCCCCACUCCGUCUCCUACUGUCUUUAUAGGAGAAGGAGAUGCAGCAUCGCCGCUGGAAGAUCCGAGGAGAGCCACGGGGACAGGCGUCUGGGAGCAAGAAAAAGGCAGUUUGGCUUUUUGAACCGUGGCGAGGCAGGGUGGGCGGUAUGAAGUGAGACGCAGAAUCACAGGGACGACGGUCAAGACACCGGGAAGGGGCAGUCCCGGGGGCCCACCCGGACGCGCGCGGCUGCGGGGUCAGCUCCCCACUGGCGGGCGUGGCCCGGCGGAGCCACGAGGAAGCCCCGCCCCGGGCCGGCCGGCCCCCGCGCGCGCCUCCUGCGCACCGUUCUAGAGCCGGGCUCAGUCUCCGACUCGGUCCUGCAGCGCCUCUAGGCUGCAGGUCGGCGCUCCAACCACCUGCUCCGCGCCGCGUCCUGGGAAGCUGGGAGGAGAGGAAGGAGGGAGGAGGCGGGGGGAGGAGGAGAGAGACGGCUUACACACGCCUUCCAGUCCCUCCACUCAGAGCAGCCCGCGGACCGCUGCCACUGUGCCUCUGUUACCGCUCCGCUGUUCUCCCUGCCACAGCGCCGCUGCCACCUGAGGAGACCGCCUGGACCCGCCGCCCCCUGUGGCCGCCCCCGGCGGUUCCUUCCUAGCACAGGGCUUUUGGUGCACACUGCCACUACCAUUAUCAUUACUGUUCCAAAAGAAGGAAAAUAACAGGCCAGCAAAAAGAACCACGUACACCUUUCCGACUUACUUAAGUGUCUCCCGGGAAGAGAGGGUCGCCAGUCCCGGAGGAGCAGCCAAAACGAUCAAAAGCCGGCGUUGAAGGGGAAGGAGGAAGAGUUGGGGCACUGCGUUGUGUAAAGUUGCGUGCGGCACAGACCCGAAGGUGCAGCGCCACAGCCCCGGGGGGCAGUGUGUCUGGGGGAAGCCGCUGCCCCCUGAGUCCCGACCCUUGGGCGCGCGGGCUGCGCGGCGCCCGGGACGACGCCCCCUCCUGCGGCGCGGACUCUGUCGGUGGUCCCCGAGGAGGAGGAGGAAUAUGGCACCGAGGGCGGCCCCCUCCUGUCGCUUGGUGUUCUGCCUCUUGAUAUCUGCCGCUGCCCUCAGGCCAGGCCUUGGAUGGUAUACUGUAAAUUCGGCAUAUGGAGAUACCAUUCUCAUGCCUUGCCGACUCGACGUACCUCAGAAUCUCAUGUUUGGCAAAUGGAAAUAUGAAAAGCCCGAUGGCUCCCCAGUAUUUAUUGCCUUCAGGUCCUCUACAAAAAAAAGUGUGCAGUACGAUGAUGUACCAGAAUACAAAGACAGAUUGAGCCUCUCAGAAAACUACACAUUGUCUAUCAGUAAUGCAAGGAUCGGUGAUGAAAAGAGAUUUGUGUGCAUGCUAGUCACGGAGGACAACGUGUUUGAAGCACCUACAGUAGUCAAGGUGUUCAAGCAACCAUCCAAACCUGAAAUUGUAAGCAAAGCACCAUUUCUGGAAACAGAGCAGUUAACAAAGUUGGGCGACUGCAUUUCAAAAGACAGUUAUCCAGAUGGCAACAUCACUUGGUACAGGAAUGGAAAAGUGCUGCAGCCCUUUGAAGGAGCGGUGGUCAUAAUUUUUAAAAAGCAAAUGGACCCAGUAACUCAGCUCUAUACUAUGACUUCAUCCCUGGAGUACAAGUCAACCAAGGCUGACAUACAAAUGCCAUUCACCUGCUCUGUGACAUAUUAUGGACCAUCUGGCCAGAAAACAAUUAAUUCUGAACAAGCAGUCUUUGAUAUUUACUAUCCUACAGAGCAGGUGACAAUACAAGUGCUCCCACCAAAAAAUGCCAUCAAAGAAGGGGACAACAUCACUCUUAAAUGCUUGGGAAAUGGCAACCCUCCUCCUGAGGAAUUUUUGUUUUACUUACCAGGACAGCCCGAAGGAAUAAGAAGCUCAAAUGCUUACACACUGACAGAUGUGAGGCGCAAUGCAACAGGAGACUACAAAUGCUCCCUGAUAGACACAAAAAGCAUGAUUGCUUCAACAGCCAUCACAGUUCACUAUUUGGAUUUGUCCUUAAGCCCAAGUGGGGAAGUGACCAAGCAGAUUGGUGAUGCCUUGCCUGUUUCAUGCACAAUAUCUGCUAGUAGGAAUGCGACUGUAGUGUGGAUGAAAGAUAAUAUCAGGCUUCGAUCUAGCCCGUCAUUUUCUAGUCUCCAUUAUCAGGAUGCUGGAAACUAUGUCUGUGAAACUGCUCUGGAAGAGGUUGAAGGCCUAAAGAAAAGAGAGUCAUUGACUCUCAUUGUAGAAGGAAAACCACAAAUCAAAAUGACAAAGAAAACUGAUCCCAGUGGACUGUCUAAAACAAUAAUCUGCCAUGUGGAAGGUUUUCCAAAGCCAGCGAUACAGUGGACAAUUACGGGCAGUGGAAGUGUCAUAAACCAAACAGAGGAAUCUCCUUAUAUCAAUGGCAGGUAUUAUAGUAAAAUUAUCAUUUCCCCUGAAGAGAAUGUUACAUUAACUUGCACAGCAGAAAACCAGCUGGAAAGAACAGUAAACUCCUUGAAUGUCUCUGCUAUAAGUAUUCCAGAACACGAUGAGGCAGACGAGAUAAGUGAUGAAAACAGAGAAAAGGUGAAUGACCAGGCAAAACUAAUUGUGGGAAUCGUGGUUGGUCUCCUCCUCGCUGCCCUAGUUGCUGGUGUCGUCUAUUGGCUAUACAUGAAGAAAUCAAACUUUUGUUCUCCGUAUAGCCUCUGCUUCUCCAGUUGGAAGAUGCCCUCAAAAGAAAACCCAUGUAAACGUAGAUCUCCCCCAUUGACUGCAUCAAAACAUGUAAACAAAGACCUUGGUAAUCUGGAAGAAAACAAAAAGUUAGAGGAAAACAAUCACAAAACAGAAGCCUAAGAGAGAAACUGUUGUAGUUGUGUCCAG